AUGGAUAAGGUAAAGCGACUCCUUUUUGUACUAAGAAGUACAAGAGGAUAUUCAAGCGCAGCACCGGCAAAGAAAGCCCCGACGAAAAGAUUAAGGACAAAGAUCUCCACAUUCCUCAAGGUACUAGGUUCACCGGAAAUUGACAAGGUAGAAAAAUUCAAAAUGAUAAUGAUUUGUUUAGGAGCUACAGCCUUACAGGGCACGAGUGAUCGAAGCAACAGAACUUGUGGUGAAGGCGAAGGAGGGAGGGGAUGAACAAUUGAUAAAGAGAAAUAUAUUGGCAUUAAAGAGGGCCAAAGAAGAACUUCAGGAUAGAGUAGGAUGAGGAUUAAAUCAUUUUAUUGUAACCUUUCAGGAGUAUGAACUAAUGCCGCCAAAUGCCUUCAUAGAUCAGAUGGCGCUUUACGAUCUCCUUUCCAACAGAUUCUUCUUCGAUCGGUCUUAUUCUGGACAUCCCGGACUCAUUGAUCUGGGCCCUUUGGGUGUGGGUGUGAAGAAUAACAUAAUCAAAGAGUGGAGAAAACAUUUCAUAUCACAUGAUCAUAUGUUGGAAGUGGAGUGCCCGUCUAUGACACCCGCUGACGUCUUAAAGUAGCUAUAAAUAUUAUUUAGCAUUUUUUAGAGCAUCAGGGCACGUCGACAAGUUCACUGAUUACGUUGUUCGAGAUGUAAAAACCAACGAAGUCUACAGGGCCGAUCACCUAGUCAAGGAACAUCUAGAACUGCUCCUGGAAGUAAGUAAAAUCGAUAAAUGAUGAACGUCUUUAGAACAAUAAGUUCUCGUCAAACGAAAUAAAGGCCGUCGAGGCUGAAUUAAGGGCUAUUGACACUGCGGAUUCCACCAAAUUACAAGAGGUUAUACAAAAAUACAGAAUAAAAUCAAAGAAUGGAAAUGAAUUGUCAUCCCCGAGCACGGUUAAUCUGAUGUUUGCCGCCCAAUUGGGAGCUCAAGGAAUUCCAAACGCUUAUCUCCGCCCAGAAACUUCUCAAGGAAUAUUCUUAAACUUCCAGAGACUUUUCGUCUACAAUGGGGUAGGUUAAACCAAUAAUAUAACAUCAUUUGUGACAGUGCAAACUGCCAUUGGUCGCCGCACAAAUCGGGACGGUGUACAGAAAUGAGAUCGCCCCAAAACAUAAUUUAUUCCGUCUCAGAGAAUUCACUUUAUGUGAGAUUGAACACUUCUAUCAUGGAAAAGAGGAGACGGCUCCUGGACUUGAAGAUCUCCUGGAUAUGGAAUUAGUUUUGUGGUCAUCCAAAGGACAACAAGAAGAAGAAAGUCCGAGGUUGUAUUCGAUCAGAGAGGCCCUAAGAGGAGGUGUAAUCAAAAACAAAAUUAUUGGAUAUUAUCUUGCGCGGGGUCAUCUGUUCUUGGCCAAGGUCGGCGUUAAUCCCAAAAGACUCAGAUUCAGGCAACAUCGAUCAAAAGAAAUGGCACACUAUGCCGAAGUAAGUGGGAGAUCACAGAUACUGUAUUAUAGGAUUGCUGGGACGCCGAAGCACUCACUUCCCAUGGUUGGGUCGAAAUUGCUGGAUUCUCAGAUCGUUCCAGUUACGACUUGAAGGCCCUUUCUCAGCAUCUAAAUAUCAGUCUGGACGUUGGUGCGAAGAAUGGGGAAGUCGAGUACCCAAAAGUUGUUGAGCCAUCCUUCGGUGUUGGACGGAUCCUCCAAACAGUCCUUGAACAUUCAUUCCAUCAACGAAAUCCCGAAGGCGAACCAAAACGACCGUACUUCUUGUUUCCUCCUGCAAUAUCACCAGUCCAUGUCACAAUUUAUCCGAUUGUUAGGGAUGAGAAGUUCAAUCGGUUCGUAGAUAGUAUCGAAAAACGGUUAGAGGAAGCUGACAUCACCUUCAACACCGCUGAUAAUCGAUAUUCGAUUGGAAAAAGAUACGCGAGGAACGAUGAAACAGGAAUUCCAUUUGGGAUUACAUUAGACGAUGAGACGGAGGAGAACGGAACGGUCACUUUAAGAGAGAUCAAGACCAUGGAACAAAUACGAGUCAAGGUAAGUAUAUAGUUUCGGUGUCAAUAACAAUUAUUUUAGAUAGACAAGAUUGGUACAACAUUACUGGACCUCAUAAAGGGUAAAGUAAAAUGGUCUCAGCUUAGGUCAUCGUAA